AUGGUGUCACUCCCCGAUCACGCAACCCGCGCUGGCAACCAAUAUUGCUGUGCGAAGACUGUCAAUUUCUCCGAUUUAAGCAGUUCCGGACAAAAUGAAAGUUACGAUCAAACGAUUAACGGGCAGCAAUCGAUUGAUUGUUUCUGUCUUUAUCACACCCAAAUGGCCCAAUCCGAGGCCAUUCUUUUCACCUCUGAAAGUAGUGAAAGCAAUUCCUAUUCGGACACACCAAUCCCGUGGUAUAAACGUGGUUUGUGUCCGUGGUCCAGGUCGGAUGUGUAUACAACGGAUGAGUGCUGCUACGAUUGUCCCUGUCCCGGACGUUUGACUAAUAUUAAUUCGGAUGCGUCUGGCCGAAAGGCAACAGCAGCAGCAGCAGCAGCAACGGCAGCAGCCACAUUUUUUCAAUCAGUCAAUCAACGAGUACACGCCAGUUUGCAACAAUUGGGUGCGCGAUUACGAGCGUGUACAUGCCGGACCCGCAGGACGUCCAAAACAGGCGAUCUCAAACCAAAAGUACGGAAAACUCUGUCCAUUCCCGAUAUGGACUCCGGUGGCGGGAUACGAGCAAAAACGUCCAACACAAUUUUGAACAGGAAACGGGCAAUGAGUUUGAGCAAGCCGAGUAUCCGCAAUAGUUUGGCACAAAUCGGAAACUUUCGCAGCCUCGAGUCACACAAUCGACGUCAUGCGCGCAAGGCGCUGCGCACCAUCAGUUUCAUUUUGGGUGCAUUCAUAAUCUGUUGGAUCCCGUAUCAUAUCAUCAUGAUGAUCAAGGGUUUCUGCGAUGAUUUGGAAACACAGACCAGUUGUGUCAGUGUGCAUUUGUACAAUUUAUCCUAUUGGUUGUGCUACAUGAACUCUCCGAUCAAUCCGUUCUGUUACGCGCUAUCCAAUGCGUCUUUUCGACGGACAUUCUUCCGCAUAUUACGUGGCGAUUUUCAACGUAAAUGA